AUGGAAAAGAGGAACGAUCCAACGAGAAACCUUGCCGGCGAUACAGGCACAAUUGCCUCUCGCACGGCUAUUAGCCGUUUCCGUCCAGGACAAUUGUUUGGGGCAACAGGACUGAAAUCCCGAGACCCUAAACCUCAGACCUCUUACGCCGUGGCUGGCAAAAUGACACUCAAGGGUGGCGCGUUACGUAGCUAUCAUGACGUGGGCGCAAUUCUCAGUCUUUCAACCGAACACGGUGCCUUUGGAUCUCCGCGAAGACAUCUGAACCCCCCAGAGGCUAGUCUGACGCGAGGAUAG